AUGGCGUCUUCGACAAACGACGCGUCCAUCGAGGAUGUCUUGGAUGAUCUGCAAUUGAAUCAGGUCAUUCUGGAAAGUCUAGACCAAGAACGGCCUGAUGCGGUCGUUGAGAGACAGGAGAUUCUAGACACCAUUAAAGACCUUGAAGCGCGUCUAGCGGCACUCCGCGGUGAUCCUCCCGCAAGUUUUCAGAGUCAACCUUCUUCUCAUGGCCCCGCAGAUCAUACAGAUGUAACUCGGCCCCAAUUAGAUGACCGGUCUGACGCAUCUGCCUCAUGGUCAUUUCAAUCAAAUUAUCCGCGAGAUUCGCCUCUUUUCGUGGCACCCUCAAAUAUGCGGAAGCGUCAGCGUAAUGAAGACGUGGUCGAUGAGCAUGAAGACGGCGAUGAAGAUGCCGAAACAGAUUACACAGAUGAUCUUGAACUGCCGGCCAAGCGUGUGCGAACAAGCCGACCAUCGGAUAACUCCAGUUACAUUGACCGGUCGAGCCCCAGCAUGCCGACAGAUGACGGUGCUGACGAGCUGCAAAAACUUCUCGGUUUGGACAGUCGGGAUACCCUCUUACGUCUCCAGGAGGAUCAGCGCAAGGCUGAACAAUGGCUUGAGAUUCGCAAGGAACAGGAGCGACGAGAUGAAGAGUUUGCCCGUAGGCUCAACGAAGGCUUUCACGAGCCUCACCGGCCGUCACCACCCGUGAUCAGUGCUCAUCAUGGCAUAAUCUCUACUUUUCCUGGCCCAUCCCUUUCAGCCGAGGGGAGGGGCGAUCAAUGGUCAUCAUAUCGUGAUCCCAGUCAUGAUCCCAGUCAUGAUCCCAGUCGCCCGAAAUUCCGAGCCCCGUUACUCCCGGACAGAAGUCGCACCGGAUCCGAACGCUACCCCGUCCCUAUAGCUCAAGACAGCGAUGAUAGCGACCUCGCAGAAAUCACUGAAGGCGAUUUCCAGCGUCACACACGUAGCCCAUCGACACAUUACACUGACGGCAUACACAGCCAUCCUUGGAUGCCCAGGCGUCCAGAAGCAGACCGAUUCGAAAGCCUACCACCUGGCGGUUUCGGUGUGUCUGGUCCAGUGUACGGGCCAAGUGUGUUCCAAAACACUCUGGCAAGGCUUAAUGCAGGAAAGCAGCUGUUUGAACAGGCAGGGAGAUCCUUAUUCGGUUCAGAUUCUAGUCCGUUUUCAUCACAUCGUGGGCCAGGAAUGCCGUUCCCUGAUCAUGGAGGUCCAGAAUAUCCCUAUUACGAUAUGUUUCCUGAUCUCUACGGACAGGGGGAGGAUCCCCAAAAAAUCAACGAUGAUAUCAAGCAAUUGCUUGAAACCAUCAGACCCGAUUCCGAUAUCUCGAAGGAAAAUCGGGAAGGCACCCCUGAAGCCCUGAAACUUAAUUUGCUGGAGCACCAGAAGCUAGGGCUGGCGUGGAUGAAAUCUUUGGAGGAACAGGAGCAGAAAGGCGGCAUUCUUGCAGAUGAUAUGGGACUGGGAAAGACAAUCCAAGCCAUCGCGCUUAUGGUCGCCCGACCUCCUGAAGACCCGGAAAGAAAACCAACACUCAUCAUUGCUCCGGUCGCAUUGAUGCAGCAAUGGAAGCGAGAAAUCCACAGAGUUCUAAAGCCCGGCCAACACCAGCUGAGUGUCUACGUAUUGCAUGGCGACAAACGAGCAGUGGGCUUCAGGGACCUGAGAGACUAUGAUGUGGUUCUUACCACUUUCGGUACCCUGUCCUCUGAAUUGAAGCGCAGGGAAAAGUAUGAUGAACUCCACGGACAUGAACCGACCGAGUCCAGAGAGCUUCUCAAAUCUAUGCCAUGUCUUGGUCCAAGCAGCAAAUGGUAUCGUGUCAUCAUAGACGAAGCCCAGUGCAUCAAAAAUCGGAAUACAAAGGCUGCGAUAGCGUGUUGCCGUCUUGACUCGAUUUACCGCUGGUGCAUGAGCGGGACUCCGAUGAUGAACAGCGUUCAGGAGCUGCAUUCUCUGUUGAAGUUUUUGCGCAUUCGACCUUACGGUAACCUAGAAAGAUUCAAUCAUGACUUUACGCGCCCGUUGAAGUCUGGUAGUGCUAGUGCGCAGGAAAAAGCGAUGAAACAGCUGCAGGUGUUGCUCAAGGCGGUUCUUUUGAGACGAACAAAAGAAUCUAAGAUCGACGGCAAACCCAUUCUUCAACUCCCACGGAGGGUGUCUGAAAAGGUGCAUGCUGUUUUCAGUGACGAUGAACAGGAAUUGUAUUCGGCACUUGAAGCGCAGACUCAACUCCAGUUCAACAAAUACCUUGAAGCUGGCACUGUUGGACGCAAUUACUCCAACAUCCUGGUCUUGCUCCUCCGACUUCGACAAGCUUGUUGCCACCCCCACCUGAUUAAAGACUAUAGCGUCAAGCUCAAUGCGAACACAGAUGAGCUGGAUCUCGUUGAGAAUGCGAAAGCUUUUGGCAACGAAGUUGUCAUUCGUCUGAAAGGAAACAGUGACCUCGAAUGUCCCAUCUGCAUUGACGCCGUUGAUAAUCCGAUCAUUUUCUUCCCCUGUGGCCAUAGCACCUGCGCUGAGUGUUUCUCAAGGAUUUCAGACCCAGAGCUGUCCGUGAGGCAAGGCCACGAUGGCAGUGUCGAUGUUAAGUGCCCAAAUUGCCGUGGCAAGGUUGAUCCUAAAAAGAUCACCGAUCAUAUGUCGUUCAAGAAAGUUCACUUCCCCGACGAGUCCAGCGAGUCCGCAGCGUUGGAACUGCCCAAACCCGCUGAAGCAGACGAGGACGACAGUGAUGACAGCGACCAAGACAGCUUGUCCCGAUUCAUCGUGAGUGACGACGAAAAUAACAAGACCGCUCAGUCGUCGAAACGUAAGAAGAAAGGGAAAAUGCCCCAAAAAAUCAAGAAGACCCUUGCGGAUCUAAAGAGGGAAGCUUCGAAAAAUCAAAAAUCCAAGCGCAAAUAUCUCCGUCGCCUGGACAAAACAUGGAUAUCCAGCGCCAAGAUCGAUAAAGUCAUGGACAUCUUACGCGAUGUUCAGCUCGGCGAAGCAAAGGAGAAAACCAUUAUCUUCAGCCAAUUUACUGCGUUGCUUGACUUGCUGGAGGUUCCGAUCAUGCGCAGCGGAUGGGGCUACCGACGCUACGAUGGCAGUAUGAAACCUGCGGACCGGAACUCGGCGGUGCUCGAUUUCACCGACAAUCCUGACUGCAGGAUUAUGUUGGUGUCCUUGAAGGCUGGUAAUGCUGGACUGAACCUUGUCGCUGCAUCUCAAGUUAUAAUCUUCGAUCCGUUCUGGAACCCGUACAUUGAGGAGCAGGCGAUUGACCGUGCUCAUCGAAUCGGACAGUUGAGGGAAGUCCAUGUCCAUCGAAUUUUGGUAGAGAAAACCGUCGAGGAUCGCAUCCUCGAACUGCAGGACAAGAAGCGAGAAAUCAUCGAAGGCGCCCUAGACGAAAAUGCCUCGAAGAGCAUUUCUCGUUUGGGAACCAGAGAACUGGCCUACUUGUUUAGCGAAGAAACCAAGCAUCUCUAUCGCGAACGUCUUGCAACGGCCCCUUGGGUUGGAUUCGAUCUCGAUAAUACCUUACACGAAUUUAGAUACGCCUCGGCGUGUGCAUGCAAUACUGUCUUCGAGACUAUUUCGGAGCGGCAUGGAAUAUCAACGACGUUUCUCCAAGACCGAUAUGUCGUGAUCUUGCAAGAGAUGACAUCGAAUGCUUUUUCUGAUGGCAGGUCUUCUUAUGACUAUCGUCGAGGGAGGUUUGUGGCUCUGUUGGAUUCGUUUAAGAUUGGAAUCGAUUUGGAAUUCGUGAAUGAGCUUUUGACGCGAUAUGAAUCGUCCCUUGAGGCGGCGUUGACGCUGAAAGAUGGUGCGGUUAGUCUGCUGAGUGAUUUGAAACGCCGGGGUAAGAAUAUUGUGGUCAUUACGGAGGGUCCGCAGGAUAGUCAGGAAUGGACGAUUGAGAAGCUGGGCAUUGCAAAGUAUAUUGACUACCUCGCGACGACUAACCGGUUCAAAACAACUAAGACGACGGGCUUGUUCGACCGCGUUCUGAAGCACUUGGGUAUCUCGCCUGACGAUAUCGUGUAUAUUGGUGAUAAUAUGGAUCGGGAUAUCGUACCUGCUGUCGAAGAAGGUAUUCUUUGUAUCUACUUGGGAGGCACGCAGAGCGGUUGGAUCGGCGAUGGCCACUUCCGGGUCAGCGAACUCGCUGAAAUCCAGAAGUUGCUGGAAGACUAA